GCCUAUAGACCAGUGCAUGAUGACGUAGGUUGACAGUUCACAGAGCUUUUUCACCGGGACUUAGCCUCUGGCGAAGCUUCCGAUAAAAUUGUUUCGUCAUUUUAUUCGCAUGUAGAUGUCCUUUGCGAUUGAUUUCAUGCUGAAUGCAAAGAAUAUCAUUGAAAUAUUCGGAUCGCAGCAAUUUUAAACUAAAAAUAUGAAUUUUAAUUUUCUCCUCAUCGAUUUUUCUUCUAACACCUUGUAAACAAGCUCUGUGAACUGUCAAAUAAGUGAGGUUAGAUCAAGAUCCUGCAUUGGUCUAUUGCUAUUUCCGCCCCGCGCGCGCUUAUUUCGUAAAAAAGCCUGUCCGUCAGCUCCUUUGCUUCCUUGGUUUUCUGGUGGAAAUCCGGUGAAUUCAAAAUAACUGCAUAAUAGCCAUUUGAAUAAAAAAUGAAAUCUUCCAGUUCACUCAUUUCAGUUGCUGACUCGCAACUACAUGUUGGUUCCUCCAACGUUUUGGUUCCGGAACACGAGCCCAGUCUGGCUCAGCAAAUGCUUCUCUACGUCUACAAUCGAUCGGGAAUCACAACAGCUCGCCAAAUACCCUUCUGGGAGCGUUUCCGUCAAGAAACACCGGACGUCCAUUUGUCAGCACGCGAUCUCAGGUCCAUGUUCUAUAGGGAAGUUCUGCAUGAACCAGAAUAUUUUGACGAUAUGGACGUCGUUGUGGAACAGUACAUUAAUCCUCGUUGCUAUCAAAUAAAACUGGAAGCACUAGAAUUCAGUGAUCUUACAGAAGAAGGGUACGUGCUGAAUGCUCUUCCGGAUACCCCUCCCGGAGAUUCGACCAAAUGCCUAUCUACUCCGUUCGAAAUGGCCAAAAUCAUUCCGCAGUCACCGGAGGGUGCACUCUUGCUGCAGUUUGACUCCGUAAAUACGAAGGUGGAAACUGUUGAGAAAUCUGGAUCGGAUGUUGACAACAUUUGUGAUCGCGUUCGAGCCCUUACGACCGAGAACAUUGUGGUGGAUGAUCCUAUGGACGCACAAAUCAAAUCUCAUCAACUGCUGACCAGCGAUGCUCGGGUUGUACCUAAAACAAUCCCCACAGGUGGUCCAACUGUUCCGAGUGUGCUGAUAUCAAGUCGUCAGAAGCGUUCUAACAACGAUACCGGACUGCAAAGCUCAUCCAGCAAACGCCUGCGGAUGAAAAUUCCGCCUUCGGUAUUGGCCUGGCGGGAAAAAGCUAUGGCCAGGCAAGCAAAGUAUUUGACACGUAUGAAUAACAAACCGAUUAACUCUGUGUGCAGCGAACACCGGACAUACAUGAACGGAAUUUGUAUGCACCAUUUCAAACGCAAUAUGCGCAAGUUCCAAACGCCCAAACAGUACCACUAAUCCGAUCUGUGUGUAUGGAGAAGUCGCCCCCGUCGUCGUCGUUAUAUUGAAAACGCCUCUAGGAUCCACCUCGCAGAAUGCCAUCAUCUAGCCACAGUCAGCAGCAGUGCCCAGUCGGCCACGAAAAGCGUGAGCCAUUCAAUUAGCCCACCUACGAGCAAACUAGACCACC